AUGGCGACGCAAAUCGUCGACGGCUUCAGCCUCACGAACCGCUGGUUGCUAUACACGAGCGUCAUGCUCGCGCCAGCGCAGUUCAUCUCCGGCAUCAGCAGCAACUGCCCCAGCAACAUCGGCUUCCUCGCCUACAACUGGUACACGCAAAUCUCAUGGUACCAGGCGGUGCGCGCCAAAGAGCUGCACGCGCUGUCGCUUCUGCCCGUGCAUUUCAACACACUCUACGUGUUCAGCUACCUCGGGGGCCUCUCCUCGGGCAACUACUUCAUGGCCGCGAUUCUCGGCGUGGGCACCGCCGGCGUGCUCAUCCUCAACUGCGUGUCGGCGUGGACCAGCUGGGCCAUCUGCCAGGACGAGGGCUUCGGCGUGUACCAGUUCUUCUUCUUUGGCUGGCGCACGCUGAGCCCAGGUUGGCACAAGUUUAUUCUCCUAUGGCAGGUCAGCGACUCCAUCAUGUGCGUCAUCGCUGUCAUCGCGUCCAUCUUCAUCGCCAUCACAAUGGUUGCCGUGGACGAGGACGACGAUCUGGCCGAGAAGGCUACCUUUGGCGGGCUCAUGUCGGUGUCCAUGGCGCGAUACCCAGCCAUCUUCCUCGGCGCCAUCCUGAUGCUUAUUAUUUCGUGGCCGCUGAUUCUGUGGACGGAGCUCAUCGUCCAGCGGAAUCACAUCGAGUCGGGGACGGAUAUGAUUGCGGUGUAUCUCUUCAUUGCGCAGGUUGGCGCCAUGCUGGUUCCGAAUUUAGGCUGCUUCAAGGGCAGGAGAUAG